AUGUCAACUGACUCAAUUUUGAAAGAUGGAAAAUUGACUUUUUUGAAAUAUGAAGAGAAUUUCACCAUUCGAAACUCGGUCUGUCUUCAAAUCGAUCCAACCCCUUAUAUUUUGUACUGGAGGUACAAAGACCCCAAGGUUUUUAAUACCAAAGAGCUAGCCCAUGAGAAAAACUACAUCUAUUUGGAGCGAAUCUACGAUGUUCGUGUUGGAAAACCGACAGAUUUCGAUCUGGGAUCACAUGAGAAAAGUUUCGAGAGAAAUUUUCUUACUGUAGUCAGCGGGACGAGUAUUACUAAUUUGAAAUUCACUCAUUUCGUAUGUUUGGAUAAGGAUGAGGUUCGUUUUUUUGGUAUUCUAGGCCACCAUUUCAAAAAAAAAAUUUCCAGAAAAAACUCAAAGAUUUCGGCUCCGCCCUCUUUGCUACCGUACAACGCGUUCGGCGGGAGGAGCACGGAUUACUGUACCAUUUUCGGAAAAAGUUGGCGCCCAAAAUGUAUGCGGCGUUUACGCAGCGAUGUUUGGAAGAGGAUGCUACCCAUAAUGAGAGUGUACGAUAAGCACAAGAAGAAUACCACAAAAACCGAAUGGAGUGCAGUUGGAAAGUUACUGUCGGUGAAUUCUCGAAAAAAUGUGGAAAUCGACGAUCAGAAACUGAUAAAAAUCAUCAUGAUUCUCACGAAAUUCGAGGGAUCUCGACUGGAAGCGAUUUUUCGAAAAAUAUCGGAAGACGAGCCGGUUGCGACAAAACUGGAAUUUGGGGAGUGGCUGAGAAAAAAUCAACAUGAUCAUCGUCUCAAUGACGCCAGAUUCAAUCAGGUUUCCGAUCGAAAAAUUCAUAAAAUUUUGGAGACGUGGCAGUAUUCUGGAGGUGAGGGGGCGUGUUUUAAAGCUCAAAAACUCGAAAAAAAUUGGUGGCCUAGAAAUUAUUCCGCAAUAACUCCACAAAUAUUUACGCACUGGAUGGCUUCUGAUGAGUGUGGCGUCGCGAUUUCAGCUCAACGAAUGAAAUUAGAUGUGGCCAGUAUGAGAGAACCAAUCAAUCGAUAUUUUAUCGAUUCGUCUCAUAACACUUAUUGUUCUGGCAACCAACUGGUCUACGCAAUCGGCCAUUGCUCAGCAGAUGUUGAAAUGUAUCGACAGGCACUGUUAUGCGGGUGUAGAUGUGUUGAAUUGGAUGUUUGGGAUAAUAGAGAUAAGGAUGGGGAUCCAGUGAUCACUCAUGGACCAACAGCAGUUAUGGGAAUGAAUGAAAUAUGUUUGAGAGAAGUUUGUGAGGCUAUUAAGGAGUGCGCCUUUAAGACAACUCCAUAUCCUCUAAUCCUAUCCAUCGAAAAUCAUUUGGGCCGUCGUCAACAGGAGAAAAUGGUCCAAAUAUUCCAUCACGUAUUCGGCGACCUCCUUCUGACUGGACCUCUUCCAGACUACCCCUUAUACGCUCGAGAGGCAUCUGGAGACGUCAAGUAUCCGUCUCCAGAAGAUUUGAAAUUCAAAAUUUUGAUUAAAGCCAAAAAGAAGAGAUUCGAGAAACAAGAGUCCAGAAGUCGAGAGGAUUCUAGUAUUGAUUUGCAGGGCUCUUCAAUAGACCUAACAGAAGAUGAGGCCAUCGAAAAUGAGCGAUUCAAUGAGCUCACCGAAGAGCAAAAAGCUGCCCAAAUGCUCCAACUUCCAGAAGAAUCUUCGUGUUCAGAGCUUUCGGAGAUUAUUAAUUACAUGCAAGCAUUCGAAUCGUCUAGAGGCGUCUCAACUGCGGUGAACCUUGAAAAUGCCACUCAGGAUACUGUACCUUGUAUAGUGUCGGCCGAUGAGAAUACUGUAUGGAAUUGUUUGAAGGGAAACUCGGUGGAGAAGGUUCAGAAUCUAAACAAGUCAAAAAUCAUGAGAAUCUACCCCAAAGCGUCAAGAAUCUACUCAACCAACUAUAAUCCGAUGAUUCACUGGCUCACCGGUGCUCAAAUGGUCGCAUUGAAUAUUCAAACGAAUUGUCCAAAUAUUCAGUUGAGCUAUGCAAUGUUUGAGCGGAACGGAGGUUGUGGAUUCGUCCGAAAACCAGACUGGCUCCGGAUGCGAGAUGUGCAAUUGAAACCACAUUUGUCCAUACCAUUCACCAUUGCGUAUACGGUAGAAGUGGAGAUAAUUGCCGCCUACUUCCUCUCAGCCAUGGAUUCCGAGAAAUAUCGCCGCCGGAGUACUGUAUCCGUCCGCCUUUUCGAUGUACCUGAUCAAAUUUCGAAAGAAGACAUUUCCUCUCCAUCGAUUUCCACGUCAACGAAGUUCGAAGCGUCUUGUAGACGUCGAACAAGAGAGGAGACUUCAUUUGUGACUAAUUAUGAACGUCAUGUGUACAGUUUUGACAAAGUUAUGCUCAACGAUUUGUCGUUUAUUCAAUUCAACGUUCACAACGAAUCGGGUAGCGUCUUUGCGCAGCGAAUUUUGCACAUUGAUACUAUGAAUAAUGGAUACCGUUUUGUGACCCUCCGAACCCCUUCAAAUCAGUGUGCUGGACCCGCAUGUCUGCUCGUCAGAUUCGAUCUUUUUAUGCAUUCGGAUAGGAAGAAUUUGCACGACCAUAAACAAAUGUACAAUCCACACGCAUUCGAAAAAGAAUCUGACAAAUGGGAGAGACGUUUCAGCAAUCCGUUUGCCGAUUUGGACGGGUUCGAUGGAAACGAAUUUCUACUAGUAGAGGGUACUCGACGCGGAUCGGUCGAAAUCCCGCCCACCACUCCGACCACGCCCACCAAACCCAUGAGCUUUGGAAAAGAGCUGUUGGAGAAAAUUGCGUUUUGGAAGAAGAAAUAA